GCAUGGCUAGUAAACCCGGCCACACUGCUCGUUUGAGCCAGACAAAGUUAACCGCAGCUGAGACAAAAAGGCGAAUUCAAGGUGAAGUAAUUGGCUUCAAAAUAACAGCUACUCGACUUUUUUGAGGGGGAAGCUGCCUGAGUCACCACACGAAAGAGCACAGACAUCACGGACUUUGGGGAUCUCCGGAUAUUUGGAGAUGAGUGCCAAGAGCAGGAGACCCGGAACCGGCGGCAGCCAGACGCCCAACGAGUGCGUCCAAGUGGUGGUCCGAUGCAGGCCCAUGAGCAACAGAGAACGCUCGGAAAGAUCCCCGGAGGUGGUCAAUGUGUUUCCGAAUAGAGGCGUUGUCGAGCUGCAGAAUGUGGUCGAUGGCAACAAGGAGCAGCGCAAGGUUUUCACCUACGAUGCCGCCUAUGAUGCGAGUGCAUCGCAGACGACGCUCUACCAUGAAGUGGUCUUUCCCCUAGUCAGUUCCGUUCUGGAGGGAUUCAAUGGAUGUAUAUUUGCUUAUGGACAAACCGGCACGGGCAAAACCUUCACCAUGGAGGGAGUGCGCGGAAAUGACGAGCUGAUGGGCAUCAUACCACGCACCUUCGAACAGAUCUGGCUGCACAUCAAUCGCACAGAGAAUUUCCAGUUUCUGGUCGAUGUGUCCUAUCUGGAGAUCUAUAUGGAGGAGUUGCGCGAUCUGCUUAAGCCCAACUCCAAGCACUUGGAGGUGCGGGAACGAGGAUCAGGCGUUUAUGUUCCCAAUCUGCACGCCAUUAACUGCAAGAGUGUCGAAGAUAUGAUCAAAGUGAUGCAAGUGGGCAACAAGAACCGCACCGUGGGAUUCACCAACAUGAAUGAGCAUAGUUCAAGAUCCCAUGCCAUUUUCAUGAUCAAAAUCGAAAUGUGCGAUACGGAAACCAACACCAUCAAAGUGGGAAAACUGAACCUCAUCGAUCUGGCGGGCAGCGAGCGGCAGUCCAAGACAGGAGCUUCAGCGGAGCGUUUGAAGGAAGCUAGCAAAAUUAACCUGGCUCUUUCUUCACUGGGCAACGUGAUCUCCGCCCUGGCCGAAAGUUCGCCACACGUGCCGUAUCGUGACUCAAAGCUGACCCGACUGUUGCAGGAUUCGCUGGGUGGCAAUUCCAAGACCAUUAUGAUUGCCAACAUUGGUCCAUCCAACUACAAUUAUAACGAAACGCUGACCACGCUACGGUACGCCUCACGGGCCAAGUCCAUCCAGAAUCAGCCGAUCAAGAAUGAGGAUCCACAGGACGCCAAGUUGAAGGAGUAUCAAGAGGAAAUCGAGCGACUCAAACGGCUGAUAGGUCCGCAACAGCAGCAACGCAGUGAAAAGCUGGUCACGGCCAAGAAGCAGCGUGUCAAGAAGCCCAAAAAGGAGCCCGUAUCUAGGGAGAUGUCGGACUCUCUGCAGAUUUCAACGAUUGAGCAGCCGGCGGAGGAUGACAGCGAUCCCGAGGGUGCCGAGUCCGAGUCGGAUAAGGAUAACGAGGCCGAGGUGGCCAAGUCCAACGAGGAACUGGAGCGGGAGCGUGUCGAGAACUCGAAACUGGCGGCUAAACUGGCAGAAUUGGAGGGUCAACUGGUUCGCGGCGGGAAAAACCUGCUGGACACGUACAGUGAGCGCCAGAUUGAGCUGGAGAAGAAGCUGGUGGAAAUCGCUGAGCGCAAGAAGCGCGAAAUUGAGAUCCAGCAGCAGCUUGAACUGCAGGAGGAGACCACUCUGGAAAUUCGCGAACGGAACGUUUCACUUGAACAAGAGGUGGAGCUUAAGAAGCGCAAGCUCUCCAAGUGCUACGCCAAAUAUUUGGCUCUGCAGCAGGAACUCAACGAUUGCAAGUCCGACCACAACCAGGACCUUAGAGAACUCGAGAUGGCACAGAACGAGCUGGUAAAGGAGCUUAAACGCCAGCUCCUAAUCAUCGACAAUUUUGUGCCCAUUGAGGUAAAGCAGCGCCUGUACACGCAGGCCAAGUAUGACGAGGAGCAGGAGGAAUGGAAAUUUUCCUCGAUGUCGCUGCCGACGCCUCCUGGUGGUGAUGGCAAGUUCAGCAGCAAGCGACCGGUGUCGCAUCCUCACCGAAGAAGGCCCACCUCCGAAUACGCCCUGCAGGAAGCCAAAUCGAAUUCACCAAGUUCUCUACGCUUCAAGAGCGAGAACAUCGUGAACUACGAAUUGGAGAUGCCGUGUCGCACCACCCAGGAGUACCGUACGCCCAAGGUGUCCGCCUCGCUUCAGGCGGUGCUCGCCCAAGCCAUGCAAACGGGCGGAGAUGAUAUCGACAUCGUGGAUUCGCACACAAAUUCACUGCGCAGCCGUCUGGAGAACAUUAUCAAUGCGAAUGCCAAUGGAGGAGCUGGUCCUGGUGCUGGCACAGCUGUGGGUAGCUCCAUUCCCAAUGCUCGCAACAUUAAGUCAAGCCGGGGGCAGCCAAGUGCCGCCUCAAAUCUGGACUCGAACCGUCGUCCGCCCACGGGCCGUCUGCCGGCAAAGAAGCCAGCUUCGGCGUAUCCCAAAGCCCGCGGCCUGGUCAACAAAUAAUCACAAACGAUAUUAAUCAAAUUGAAUUGCAUCUAACCAUCAUUGUGCAAACACAACACUAACCAAAGUAUUUCAUAGUCAUCGCAAUAUGUACACCUCGGUAUCCUAGCCCAAUCUACUCACAUUUCACGCUUUGUAAAAGUUUCCUUUUCGUUUGAGCCGUCCCAAGCACUGGCACUAGAACUAUGAAGACUUUGCUUGAGUGACUUGGCCAGCCAACCCAACACUUCCUUAAUUAUUUUUAUGUUUAUUUGUUACUCGAAUUGUAUAAUUGUUAUUGAUUUAAUUGCGAACAUACGUAAGUUUUGUGCUCGAAUAAGUUGCGCGCGCAUUCUAUAAUUAUUUCAUCGUGCAAUCUAAGCUUAAGUUAAAACCAACUGCAACAGUCUAUUAUUUACUUAGUAAAUGAUUUUUAGUUAAUAUUAUGUACCAAAUAAAGCAACUCCGUAAACACAAAAAGAAAAGCAUA